CUAAGUUCCCGUUGACUACUACAGUUAGCGGUUUCUUCAGGAGAGACAGAGGGAACAACCAACUUUACAAGCUUCAGCAUGUCGUCGUCGGUGAUGAGUGGCGUGGCGGUGUGGAGGGCUCACAGCGUUCUGGAGGAGUCAGACGGGGGCGAGUCCAGCUCCCCUGUGGCCCCUCCCCCUGACCGCUUCAGGAAGCUACGCUCCUCCUCCUCUCUCAACUCCCUCCGCAUGUCUCUGAGGAAGAGGCUGCCGCUGAGCUCUGUACAGACCAACUCCCUGCCAGACCCUGAACUGACCCCUGACCCCACCUGGGAGAGUCUGCAGGCCAAUCAGAAGACCAGCGCCGUCUGCCAGCUCACACGCAGCGCACGCAGCCACAUCGGGGGAGUGUACCAGAGGCUUCAGAGGAACAGAGCAGUGGUACAGGAUCAGGAGGAGUGUUUGGUGGCGACACCUGGCCAGGUGUGUGAGGGGGGAGAGAACAACGAGGGGGUCACCUCCCGUACACCCAGGCGCACCCCCGUCCGUUCCACCACACUCAUACCCACAACAACCCCCAGACGCACCCCCAGAGCCACCGCGCCCAAACGCACCCCUGCCUCGGGCCGCGGGGGGAGGAGAACCCCAGGGCGAAGUCCUGAGGUGACAGGGGUGAAGAACGUGGGAGGGAGGAGGCAGCUGGUUCGGAUGGCUGCACUACGAAGCCCCUUCGCAUCUCCUAACACUCAGAGCCUCAGGCGGAAGUUUGGCCGGGACCUGGAGAGUGUGUCCAGCGGUCUCAGGAAGCUGAAACGUCUGUCCCACGCCUUUGAUGAUGUCAUAGGGAGAGACGACCGCAGAACCUUCAACUACUCUCUAAUCGCGGAGUAAAUAUACAGGUCCCGUGCAGCAGAGCGUUACGGAGGGGUGAGGAGGUUGGACCCCAGCGGGAAGCUGAGCUGCUCCUCUUUCACAGAGCCAAGCGCCUCACACUCCUACUAGCCAGGUCUCACGUCAGAAUUAGACGUUGAUCCAUGUUUCACAAACGUCAAAUUGCAAAGUUUUUUUUAAAGAUUGAGUUUAGGCAUUUAACUCCAAUUUUUAAGAUUUAGGGUUAAGUUCAGGCUGGUUUCCCCCGUCAUCUCCCGACGUCCUCAGACAUGGAUGGACGUUGAAUACUGACUUGUAUCGCGGAUGACCUGGUUCACCUUGCAGUCCUCGAGCCACACUGAACCUCACAUAGCUUCCUGUUAGUGUGUUGGUCUGAGGACUAUGUAUCUUUCCAUAUUCUAUAUGUACAGUUGCAGCCAAAUAUAUUGGCACCCUUGCAACUUCUCUUAAAUAAUUCCCUAUUUCUUCUCUUAAGUUGACAUUUGAAAUUGGUCUCCACACCUUUUUGUUGUUGGAUUGUCAACAUUGCAGAAUAUAUGUUGUUUUUUGUGCUAGUACUUGUUUGCACAAGAUAACUGACAAAUGUUUCUUCUUCCAUCAAUUUUAUUUUUUAUUUUACCUUUUAUUUAACUAGGGCAAGUCAGUUAAGAACAAAUUUUUAUUUUCAAUGCCGGCCUAGGAACGGUGGGUUAACUGCCUUGGGGUUAAACGAGCUUGCUGCACUAUUCUACUGGCAAUUUGGCCCACUCUUCAGAAAAUAACUGUUCUAGUUAUUCAAUGCCCUCCACCAACUGCUGUCUGGAGCUCUCCGCCUGGGUAAUGGAUGUGACUCUUCACUGCCUCUCCAGAACAGUCCAGCGGUUUCUUCUUGAAACAUUCCAGGGUGCUUCUAUGUGUUUAGGGUCGUUGUCCUACCGGAAGACCCACAGCCUUCAACAGAGAGUUUUUUGUGGACACACUCCAAAAUACCCUGAUAAUCUGCUCAUUGUUUUGUCUUGUUGGGGGAAGUCCAACUCAGGCUUUCUGGUGUCUCCUUCAGCAGCGCGGUCUUCCUGGUGUUUUACCAACAACCAAAACAAAGCAUUCAGAUUAAACAACACCCUCUCUGCUAUCAGAGAUGGUGGAGGUUUCAUAAUGCUGUUGGGUUGCUGCUUCUGCUACUAGUGGUCUUGGAACACGUGUAAGACAUGAAAUCAGCAGAUUCAGGGUUUUUGGAGUCCAAUGUUCCACCCAGGAUCCAAAACCUGGGUCUCCAUUAAAAGUUGUGGGUCUUCCAGCAGGACAAUGACCCCAAACAGAGGUUCUGAAGUGCCCAGCGAAGAGUCCCCAAAUUGACGGUGGAAAGGUGCGGCAAGCAUAUUUGUUUUUGCUACAAGAAGUGUUUGUCUGCGAUUAUCUUGGUCAAUAGACUGUGCAACCAAGUACUAGCUCUGCGGUGCCAAUAAUUUUGUCAAUGCCAUUUUGUCUUUAAGUUUACAAUUUUGUAAUUUUAGAAAAUAAAGUUUACAACAAAAAAAUUGGUUCUGCAAUGUUGAAAAUCUAAUAAGGUGUGGUGACCUAAACGUUUCUCAAACGUCACCUUAUUUGAGAAAUAGGGAACUUAAGAAAAGUGCGUAUUGGUACAUACUGGUUACUGUCUACCAGCCUGGGACUGUUUCUAUACAGUAUAUAUCUAUGUAUUCUAUUCACCUUAUGAUGCCUCGCCCACAUGACCCAGUUCCUGAUCCAGCAGGAUUGUUUUUCUUUGUCCAGCCCAUUCACAAACAAAACAUAGUUAAAUAUGAAUUACAUUUGUCACAAAUAUUCACUAUUAUAAAGGACCUGAAGGAGGAAAACUUACAAUUUGGAUUGCCCUUGUUGACAGGCAUCAUAAGGUGAAUACUUUUAACAGAAUGGGAUUCGUUUCUAUGUUUAUAUAUUCUAUAAUGUAACAGGUUUGUUUUAUACAUGAUGGGAUGUUUAAGGUGAAGCCAGGGGUGAAAGUAGAUGUCAUUUCUUAUCGGUAGGGGUCAGCCAAGAGCAAGCACGCAUUUUUUAUAUAUUUUUUACGGCAAAAAUUACAGGGUAGCCCUCACGGUGGGGACAUGACGGAUGUUCUCUGCUGGUGCCAGUAAGAUAGGCUACUGUUCGUUAGAUUAAGUUAAGAAUUUUGAUAGCUAAAAUACAGAUUGGAGUCUUCUCACUGUAAUAUCGUUACAGCAAUAUCAAUUUGCUUUUUAAACAGUUUUUCCGGAUUGUACUCUUUAAAUAUUGCAAUAUGCAUUUUCUGCUUUUCACUGACAGUCGCAACUCGACAGUCAUCUAUUGGUAUUGCAGCAGCAGCAGCAGCAGCGGGCCCUUCCGACUGUAGUGCAUGCGAUUUGAAACAAUCCACUAAAAUAAUAAGCUAAUCCCCUGUUGCCAAAUCAUGCUUUCUGGUGUAGUAGCCUAUUUUGAAUGAUUUUAUUCAUUUAUGUAUAGACAGGAGUUAGCUAAUUAGGCUGUAUAAUUUUGGCAAUUUAAUUAACUUUACUUUAGGGAAAGCUGAGCUUCCCGUAGCCUCAUGGACAUGAUGCCUAUGCCUUUUUUAACGUGGCAUAAACACAACCAGUCAUGGUGUUUUCAUCCGGUUGUCAAACAAUCACUUAAAGGCGCUCCUGUAGGCUACCCGCGCUCAUCCAUCCAUCAUUUCAGCUUCCAAACCCCAACAGUGCGUUGUUCAUCCGCAAUUUGAUGAAUGGAAACAUACAUCUGUUACAAAACACCUCCGUAUAGAUGGAAAUGUUGUUCUGCGAUUGUCAUUAGGAGCAGUACACUUGUAGUCUGAAUUGAUGUAUCCACUGUUGUCCAACCUCGGUCACGGCCACUCAUCUCCGCCAUGACAAAACGUCCGUUUUCUCCUCAAACUACAACGCAAUCAGGAGAACAUACCAUCCGGUUUCCAGUCAAUUCCGCUAAUUGUUUCAAGCGGCCGACAUGCAGUACUGUACCAUAAUGGUGUACUAGCCGUUAGUUGUUUGGAGCAUGUUGUAUUGUGAUUGGUUCGCCCUACCGGACCAUACCGCCUUACUUUCACCCCUGGGUAAAGCUGACACUCAGAGUCUAGGGCCACUGUUAUUCUAAUGGGAAAGGGCGAUACCUAGACAGUUGUACAACUGAAAUGUGUCCUCAGCAAUGUAACCUCAACCCCUCUGAAUCAGAGAGGUGCGGAGUGCUGUCUUCGGCGUCAGGAGACUAAUGAUAACAUGUUAUUCUAAUGUUGGGAAUCCAUGUUGUUUAUUCUUGAUAACUACAUGUUAUGAAUCAAUGUUACAUAUUCCUAAUGACUACAUAUUCAGGAGUGAUCUGAGAGUCUCCUGUCGGCAUAGGGACUAAACUGACGAGACAGUCACGGAUGCGAGUAACCCGUCUUGUAACGGCACAUUGCAAUACAUCCGGGUUACACUGGUGUUGCAGUAAUUCACAUUUACCGACAGACGGCAUCAAAGUGCCAUUUUACACCCAUAACACAAACCUUCCAAAAUUGCUUCACCAGGCACGUCAAUUAAGAUCAAAUUCUUAUUUACAAUGAUGGGCAAAUACCAAAAUGUUACACUAAUAUUCUAUGAACACUAAUAUGUAUAGAGCAAUGGCGACCUGUCAUUCAGGGCAGGUUGGGCUUGCCUGUUUUGCAUGUUAUUUUGGCAUUAAUACGUGUCACAUAUCAGUUUGCAAACAAUGUAG